UUCCCUUCCCUUCCCUUCCUCCUGGUCAUAACACGCGCAACGGCUCGCCUCGCCCCCGCCCCCGCACAACUCACGAGCGCGACAAAGGAGGAGCCGCCGCGACCAAGUUACUCUAGCUCCCGCCUCGUACCGCGACACCCACAACGUCUCUCCCCCCUUCUCCCUCUCCCUCUCGAUCUUACUCUAGCUCCCGCCUCGUCCGGGGCUCCUCCCCCGCGCCUGCGCUGCGCGGCAGGAGACGGCAGAGGGAGGAGGAGGGGGAGGGGCGAUGGAGUUCAUGGAGCCCAAGGACAUCGACUGGAGCCGGGUGGUGUCGCGGUACGUGCGCGACGAGACCUACGAGGGCAUCGAGGCCCCGCACUGGGCCGACCUCACCGACCCCAACGCCGGCCGCGCCGACGUCGACGACGAGGCCUGGUUCUGCCGCCCCGAUUGUCGGCACCCGAAGACGGCGGAGGAUUUCCUCAAGCUGAGCCCCAGCCCCAAGGGCAAGCUGCUGCGCUCAGUGUCGGCCAUGCUGCCGUUCGGCGAGAGGGACGUUAACGCCACCAAUCUCAGGGACGGCAAUAGCAAUCUCAAGUGGCGGGGCGGCGGCGCAGGCGGCCCCGUUGCCACCUUCACGCCGCCGAAGCCGAAGGCAGCGCCCAAGAAGAGGUUCCAGGAGGACAGCGAGAACCAGGACCCUGCGCUGGCGACGCCGCCCCCGCGACAGGCACCAAGUAGGCCGCCGUUCGGUGCCCCUCGGUGGAACAAGAAUGCCAAGGAGGCCAUCAAGUCUAGUGCGGAGAAGCGACCGGGCAAUGCUGAGAAGGAGGCGCUGCUCAACAAGCACGCCCCGCCCAGGCAGCUCAAGAGCACCCUCUCAGCGAGGAACCUCUUUUCUGGAAAGGAUAUACUUGGCCAGAUUUCGGAGUUCUACGAUGAGCUCAAGCGGAUGGUUGGUGCCGGUGGGAGCCGGCCUGUCACAGACAUCCAGGAGGAAAACAGCUCAAACCCAAUGAAUGGGAGCGAUACAGUGGAGAAGGUGGCUUGUGAUGCUGGCGCCAGUGAUCCCGUUUCCUCAGAGACGGCGAAGAAAGUGGCAAGACAAGAAACAGUGCAAAAGAGUCCAAGCCCAAUGAAGGGAAAGAAGGUGGGGUUGAAGGUGGAAGCAGGGAAGCAAAGGUCACCCUAUGUGCUGAAGGAGGUGAAGGCAACACCACCGACUCCGCAGCGGUUUCCAUCCCCAUCGCCAAACCGUAUUAAGAAUGUUAAAGCUGGAGGAAUGGCAGCGGCAGGCUCACCACUCAAGAAACCACCAAAGGAUAAGGGGACACCUAGUAAGGAUCUGGAGAACAAAAAAGAUGCUGUGAGGCAACCCUUUGGGGUUAAGGAUAUGAACAAUACUAGAGCUUGUGAUGCAGAAGGGAGCUCCAGUAGCAUGUUUUGGUUUUUGAAGCCCUGCACUUUCCUUGUGGAGUAGCAGCAUAAUAAUACAAAAUCUUAGCGAGCAACACCUGGUGUAGUUAGAAUCCAUUACUUCAUUCGUUUGAUGGCCACCUGACAUCCUGUACGGGAAAUAAACAAAAAGCAUAUGUAUAGUCAUACAGGUUGAGAGAGUCUUUUCCAUAUGUAUAAUUCGAGAUAUAGCAAAAUGUCGGCAUUCUUCCUCUGCUUGGUGGUUUUGCCAAUGAAACUGCAUUUUGUCUCUUGAAGUGAUACUGAUGUAAAGUUUGAAACAUGGUAUUUCUUUUUCUUCAUGACAAGAUAGUUGUGAUACAAUUCAA